AUGGGCUCACCUCAAGCAAUGCCGCGUUUCCAAUUUGCACUGGACCUGCUGUCCGAGGUGCUUAAUGCUAAAACGGUAAGGUUAAUAUAUUUAUAGAAUGUUUGAGUCGGGUAGGGUAAGGAAAGGUAGGGUAGAGUAGGAUAAGAUAGGGUAGGGUAGGGUAGGGUAAAGUAGGGUAGGGUAGGGUAGGGUAGGGUAGGGUAGGGUAAGGAAAGGUAGGGUAGAGUAGGGUAGGGUAGGGUAAGGAAAGGUAGGGUAGAGUAGAGUAGGGUAAGGAAAAGUAGGGUAGAGUAGGAUAAGAUAGGGUAGGGUAGGGUAAAGUACGGUAGGGUAGGGUAGGGUAAGGAAAGGUAGGGUAGAGUAGGGUAGGGUAAGGAAAGGUAGGGUAGAGUAGGAUAAGAUAGGGUAGGGUAGGGUAGGGUAAAGUAGGGUAGAGUAGGGUAGGGUAGGAUAGGGUAAGGUAGGGUAGGGUAGGGUAGGGUAGGGUAGGGUAGGGUAGGGUAGGGUAAAGUAGGGUAGGGUAGGGUAGGGUAGGGUAGGGUAGGGUAGGGUAGGGUAGGGUAGGGUAGGGUAGGGUAGGAUAGGGUAGAGUAGGAUAAGAUAGGGUAGGGUAGGGUAGGGUAAAGUAGGGUAGGGUAGGAUAGGGUAGGGUAGGGUAAAGUAGGGUAGGGUAGGAUAGGGUAAGGAAAGGUAGGGUAGAGUAGGAUAAGAUAGGGUAGGGUAGGGUAAAGUAGGGUAGGGUAGGGUAGGGUAGGAUAGGAUAGGGUAGGGUAGGGUAGGGUAAGGUAAGGUAGGGUAGGGUAGGGUGGGGUAGGGUAGAGUAGGGUAGGGUAGGGUAAAGUAGGGUAGGGUAGGGUAGGGUAAGGAAAGGUAGGGUGGAGUAGGAUAAGAUAGGGUAGGGUAGGGUAAAGUAGGGUAGGGUAGGGUAGGGUAGGGUAGGGUAGGGUAGGGUAGGGUAGGGUAGGGUAGGAUAGGGUAGGGUAGAACAAAGUAGGGUGAAAUAAGGGAGAGUUUUUCUAUUCAUAAAGUGUUAUAUAAGCUCAUACCGUCUUUGAAAGGCAAGGCAAAAUAGGAUAACCUAGUAUAAUCUAAAUCUGUGUGAAGUAUCCUAAUCGAAUAAUAUUUAGGUAAUAAUACAUGUUAAGUUUUAAAAUAAAACCGUGCUUUUUUUAGAAAGACUACGCAAAAAUUGAAGCCGUUUCGACAGGCGCCGGACUGGUUUCCGAAGUUUAUCGUAUACAGCUCAGCGACAACACUUCAUUACAUUCUAGUAUUAUCAUCAAGGUAAGUAUGAGCUCAUGAAAAACGAUCUAAGCUACAAAAACAUCUUUUUAAUAGCAAUUUCGAGUAAUGUUUUUUAUAAAUUCAGCCAUCAAGAAAGCAUUUUUACUAUUAUUUAUAUCAUAGUUCGUACUGUAAAAAGUACUAUUUAGUAAAAAAAAAUGUAUUUUAGCCAAUUUUUGAAAUUUUCGAAUUGGCAUUUAUAAUAAAUAAGUUCAAAAUUGCAGACAAAAACGCAUUUGUUUUUCAGAUUCCGAACCAUUUAUUCAAAGACCACCUAGAUAAGAAUCACGAAAAAAACGAAAAUAUAAAUCCGCAAAAGAAGAGAGGUAAGCAUCCUUUAAAAGCCAAUAAAAAAUGAAAGUUUCACUUUUGUUUUAUUAAACAUAUAAAUAACUUUGUAUAAUGAAAAGAGCGAGAUAUACAGAAGAGAAAUGUAAACUCGUUUUUACAAAAAAAUAAGUUAAAAAGCCAUUUAAAAAACUAUUAAUAUGCACCGUUUCCAGAUGAAAUCAACCAUAUGGUGCACACUGUAUGCAAUUUACACAACCGUGAAGUCCAAUUCUACCGUUUCAUAACCUUGGAAUCCAAUGUGAACCUCAAACUUCCCCAAUUCUUCCACGGUGAUUACCUGAACGAAGACACGAAUGGCCUAAUCAUAAUCGAAGACUUUACUUCUAUUAUGGAUAUACAUUACUCUGAAAGACUUACAAUCUCACUAGACCAAGUGUUCGAAGUUAUGCAACAAAUUGCACUUUUACAGAGUAUUAAGACAGAAGAAGUUAAAGGGUUUCCUUUGUUGGAUUCACAGUUGGAAAGUCUGUCAAAUUGCAUAUUUCUGAGUGCUAACGUGCUGUUCCAUCGAAAGUUACCGUGGUUUCAUUACCAUGUCUUCCAAAAGAUACUGAAGAUUAGUGAAAUGAAAAGCUUGAGAAAAUUGCUGACAAUUGAGGAGAAAGGUAAGCUAUAUCAAGCUAUAAAAGUUAUUAAAUUGUAUAAAAAGUAAUGAGCUACUGAACUCCAUAUUAAAAAAUUUUUAAACCUAGUCUACAACAAAGUAGUGAGCAAUAAAGAUGAAUUUAUAAAGUAAAAUAAGCUAAAAAAGCUACUUAGAAUAUAUAAAGAUAAGAAGAUCUAUAAUUUCAGUUUUGUGCCAUGGUGAUAUGAGCCUGAAGAACACUUUAUGGAAAAAUGAAAACGGGCCCAAGUUUUUAGCUAUGAUUAGCUGGACUAGCUUACAUGCAGGUAAGUGCCGCAACGUAUAAAAUUAUUCUCUACUUUAUAACACUUUACUUUACCCUACCGUACCUUGAUCUACCGUACCCUUCCCUACUAUUCCCUAAAUUACUAUGCCCUGCACUGUCCUACCUUAACCUAUCUCUUCCUACCCUAACUUACUCCACCUUGCCCUGUUCUGUCCUGCCUUGCACUACUCUGCCCUAGUAAUGAUCUCUGCAACUCCAUAAACUUUUCGUUAUGAAACAUUGUAAAACCUCUAUGUUUAGGCUGUCGAACCACCGACUUAGCAACCUUAUUAGCCAUUAAUCUGGACCAGGAAGAGCGUCACGUCGUGGAGCCCAACAUUAUCCGCGAGUUCGUCAAAAUGGCAGGAUAUCAAGAGGAAGAGGGCAAAGUAAGACCAUUGCUAUACAAUAAUCUAAAGUUUAACUUAUUCAUAUCAAUAUAAAAGUAUUAACAUUGUAAGUAUUCAACUAACUAAGAAGACUAAGAACUAAGACAAUAAUAUCUCUUUGCCUUUUCAGAUAACCGAAAUGUAUCGAAAAAGCCUUGAAUUUGGCCUACUCAAACUACUGAUAGUUCUGGUUACCAACCCUGAAUGGGAUACACCUUUAGAGAACUCACCUGAUGGUGUUCUAAGCCGUCGACUUCGGCAAUUAAUUGAAGAAGUUUUAACUGUGUGA